AUGCUGGGCUCUGAGGUAUGGAUGACUUGUCCUAUUGAGAGUGCUGGCUUUGACGCUAAAUUGCAACGCUUGUGGCAUCCGGGAGAACGGAAGGUGCUGGAGAGGGGGGUACAGUAUGUUGUGGUUUUGCUGUUCCCUCUCACGCUAGCAGGGCUUCACAAUGUUUGCUGGGGCCAAGCUCGGAUGAAGCGUCUGGAGACUAUGGAGACUAUGGGGACUGGUCUGGAAGCUGGUGCCAGUGGGAGUGCAGCGGCCUGCCCUGACCGUCCUGCCUCCCUCCAGAGAGGAGCUGCUCCGGGACAGUGUCACGCUGCUGUGUGUGGCCAGCGGGGCUUUCCCUCUGAUUGGACGCUGAGCUGGAGAGUGGGCGGAGCUUCCACUGAGGGGUCCCACAGCCCGGGGGUCCUGAGGGGGGACAGUCUCUACGACCGCAUCAGCGUCCUGCAGCUGUCCACAGAGCACUGGAGAGACGCAUCAGUGAUGUGUGAGGCCCAUCGGAGUGGACAGAGCCCAGUCACUCAGGGCCUGGAGGCAGCGUCCUGCUCCCAUCAGCCACAGUUGCAGAGCAGCGGGGGUAGAAUUACGUCCCCAAGGUUGAAGAAUCAUGAACCACUGGCGGUGCUGGAGCAGAAAACGGGAGUAAAGCGGGAGUACAUCGCCUCGGGCUUCCUGGGAUUUGUGGGACUGUACCUUCUGUUUGGAUUUGGUGCCUCGCUGGUCUGCAACCUGAUCGGCUUCAUCUACCCCGCUUAUUUCUCCAUCAAAGCCAUUGAAAGCAGCGUGAAGGAGGACGACACCCAGUGGCUCACCUACUGGGUGGUGUACGGACUCUUCAGCAUCGCAGAGGCCUUCUCCGACAUCUUCCUCUCCUGGUUUCCCUUUUACUACGCUGGAAAGUGCUUGUUCCUGAUCUGGUGCAUGGCCCCCGUGUCCUGGAACGGCUCCACAAUCCUCUACACUCGCGCCAUCCGCCCCUUUUUCCUGAAGCACCAGGCCGCCAUGGACAAAGUCGUCAACGAUCUCACCAACAAGGCCAAGAACCUCAUGGACGCUGCUGCAAAGGAAGCGGUAAACAAGGUUUCCAAUGAGCUGAGCCAUUAG